AUGGUUUGCCGUAAUCUGCUUGUAUUACUAUUAAUAUCUCAGUUGUUUAAUGCUAGUAAAGGGUCCCAGGUAAAAAUUAUCGAUGGAGGAUAUGAAGAUAUUGUGUUUGCAAUCCAUCCAGAUGUGAAAGAAGAUAACAAAAUGAUUUAUAAGAUACAGGAAAUGGUAAAGGAAGCAUCAAGUUAUUUAUUCCAGGCCACCAAAAAAAGACUUUUUAUAAGAAGUGUUAAAAUCCUCAUCCCAUCUACAUGGACACCAGGAAAUGAUUAUACAAAACCAACUACAGAAACCUACAACACAGCAGAUAUAAUUAUUUCACACCCAUACCUGAAAUAUGGAGAUGAUCCAUAUACUUUGCAGUAUGGACGUUGUGGAGAGCCAGGAAGAUAUAUCCAUCUGACUCCAAACUUCCUACAGGAUGACAACCUACUCUCAGUGUAUGGACCAAGAGGAAGAGUGUUUGUCCAUGAGUGGGCACAUCUUCGAUGGGGGGUAUAUGAUGAGUACAAUGAAGAUGAACCUUAUUAUGUUUCCGGAAGCAGCAAAGUGGAAGCAACAAGGUGCUCCCUGGAUAUUUUGGGUAUUAAUGUAAUGAAAACAAGUGAAUGUUAUGGAGAAAGCUGUCCGACAAAGGCUUGUUUAUUUGAUUCAGCAAUUGGUCUUUAUGAAGAAGGCUGUGUAUUUCUGCCAUAUACAAGCACAUCCCAAUUUUCCCAGGAAUCUAUAAUGUAUACGCCGGCACUCUCCACAGUCACUGAUUUCUGUGACUCCAAUACCCACAACACCGAGGCUCCAAAUCUACAAAACAGAAUGUGCAAUUUCCGCAGUACAUGGGAUGUUAUCAAGGACUCAACAGAUAUAAGUUCCAGUCCUCCAAGACCAGACUUCAGUCCUCCAGUCCCAUCCUUUACUCUGAUGCAGUAUAGAGACAGAGGGAUUACUGUAGUCCGUGAUGUAUCUGAAAGCAUGAUAAUGCUGGAGAGCACGGAUCUAGACCUGAAACCGAGAGCAUGUUUGAAUGGUACCAUCUUCAUUGACAGAACAGUGGGGAACGACACCUCAUUUAUGGUCACCUGGCAGACAGCUAUACCAGAUAUUCAUUUACAAGAUCCAGAGGGAAUCAUUUAUACUCAAGCACAAUUCAGCAGCACUGCCACUUCAAAACUGUCUACACUUCAGCUGUCGGGAACAGCAAAGAGAGGACGCUGGGAUUACGGACUUUGUAACCCUCUUACAUCAAACCAAGUUGUUGGCAUUACCGCAAAGUCCAAAGCAGCAGACAACAAUGUGCCACCAAUUAUCGCCAGUUGCCAUAUGAACAGUAAUACAAAUGAUUACCCAAAACCCAUGGUUAUCUAUGCAUCUCUAAGCCAAGGUCUGGUGCCUGUGACUGGAGCAAAAGUCACUGCUAUGAUCGAAUCAGAGAGUGGAACGUUGGUGACUACAGAGCUUUUGGAUAAUGGAGCAGGUGUCGACAUAGCAAUAAAUGAUGGAAUCUACUCAAGAUACUUCACUUCUUUUACUGAAAAUGGAAAAUACAGCUUGAAAGUGAGAGUUAUCAGUGAAGACAACCAAAGUCGAUUAACUUUACCAAGGAGUCGUGCUCUUUAUAUACAUGGCUAUAUUGACAAUGACAAGAUCUUUUUAAAUCCACCGAAACCUAAUAUUACUGAUGAGGACCUACAGCUUAACUUUGGAGCAUUUAGUAGGGCAGCAUCUGGUGGUUCUUUUGUUGUGUCCAAUAUACCUUCAGGGGUACUGCCCGAUAUUCACACACCGGAAAAAAUAUCUGACUUGGAAGCAAGAUUAGUUCAAUUCAGGACUAUAUUGUCUUGGACAGCAACUGGGGAUGAUCUGGACCAAGGACAAGCGUCAAAAUAUGAACUGAGAAUAAACACUGACCCACAGAGAAUCAGAGACCAUUUUGAAACCAGCACACUGGUGAACACUGACAGUUUCAUCCCACAGCCAGCUGGAUUUAAGGAAAACUUUUUAUUUGUACCUGAAACUAUCACCAUAGCAAACGGCACUACCCUUUACUUUGCAAUAGUUGCUAUAGACAAAAUGGGGCAGAAAUCAGACAGGUCUAACAUUGCCCAAUCUGCAUUAAAUACACCCUCUAAAGAUUCCAAUGGGAAAAUUAGCACAUUAGCAAUAACUGCUAUAGUAUGUUCUUCAGUAGUCCUAAUAUGUCUAAUUGUAUGCAUAGUUAUUUGUGUUGAAGCCUGCAAAAAAAAUAAAGGACACCAUGUGGUUAAAGUCCUAAUAGAAAGGAGCAAAAAUCCUUUUCAAGAACUUCAACCUCCAAGAACGUCAACCUCCAACCUUAAACCUUCAAAUCAUUUUCAAGAACUUCAACCUCCAAAAUAUCAUGGUGUAGAUUAG